AUCUGAUUUGCUAUAAUCAACUCUAAGGGCGGGAAAGACGGCGAACGAGAGAGAGAGAGGGAGAAAAGAUGGAUUCGGAGAAAUCGGUGGUGGACGAGCUGCCGCUAGCUAUCGUGCGGCGGGUGGUGAAAGAGAAGCUUUCGGAGUGUUCGCCGGAUUAUGACGUGAGCAUUCACAAGGAAGCGCUGCUUGCUUUCUCCGAGAGUGCCCGGAUCUUCAUCCACUACCUCUCCGCCACUGCAAAUGAUAUAUGUAAAGAUUCAAGAAGACAGACGAUGAAAGCUGAGGACGUGUUUAAGGCAUUAGAAGACAUGGAAUUUUCAGAAUUUUUGGAGCCGCUUAAAGCUUCUCUUGAUGAUUUUAAGAAGAAGAACGCUGGGAAAAAGGCUGGUGGUGGUGGUGGUGGUGGUGGUGGAGCAGCAGCAGCAGCCUCGAAGCCCAAAGAGACGAAAAAGAGGAAACAUGAAGAAGAAGCAUCAACGCAGAAGGGCGUGACAAAAAGCAAAAGAGAUGAGGGAGAUUUGGAGAAGAAUGUUGAGGAUGACAACACAAAGGAGAAUGAGGAUGAUAAUACCGAAGAGAAUGGGAAUGAUGAUGAGGAGGAGGAGGAUGCUGACGGGAAUGAGGAAAACAGCAUGGAAGAGAAUGGGAAUGAGGACAAUAGCAUGGAAGAAGCUGGGAGUGGGAGUGGGAGUGGGAGUGGUGAAGAUGAUGAGAACGAAGGUACUGGCGAAGAGGAGGAUGAGUGAACUAAAUUCGAGAGGCCUUUUUAUAUUCUUUUCUGCAUAGAAGAUGUUUUCAGGCUAAUGUUCUCUCGUUAUAAUGCUAACAAUCGAUUCGCUUGUUAAGCUUGAGUAGCACUGUUGUUGUUGGCAUGUCCAUGUCGUAGACUCGUAUAAUAUUUGCUCUUUCACUCUA